AUGGACGAGUGCAUGCUCAACGACUUGUUGGAGUGCUCGGUAUGCCUGGAGCGGCUCGACACGUCCAGCAAGGUGCUGCCGUGCCAGCACACGUUCUGCAAGAAGUGCCUGGAGGAGAUCGUCAGCACCCACCGCGAGCUACGCUGCCCGGAGUGCCGCGUCCUCGUGGACGCCAAGGUGGACGACCUGCCGCCGAACGUGCUGCUGAUGCGCAUCCUCGAGGGGAUGCGCAACGCCGUGCCGAAGAAUCAUCAGGCCAAGUCCGCCGCCGCGCUGCCGUCGUCGCGAUCCACCGGCGGCACCGCCGCGCCGCAACGGCUGUUCGGCGGCCACCAGGUCGCCCCGGCGCCCAUCGUCACCGGCAGCCUCGCGCCCGCGAUCGCCUCCGAGCCGGCGGUGCGGCAUUCCAACGCCGCCGCCAAGCAGGUGCACCUACACAAUCAGGCGUACGGCAGGGCGAUCUACGAUUACGUCUCCAAGGUGCCAGGCGAUUUGAGUUUUAAGAAGGGCGACAUAGUCAUCCUCCGGAAGAAGAUUGACAACAAUUGGUAUUUCGGGGAAUGUGGCAAUAAUCACGGUGUCUUUCCUCUGUCUUACAUUCAGGUGAUGACGCCUUUGACACCGCAUGUACCUCAAUGUAAAGCGCUAUACGAUUUUAGGAUGAUGAAUGACGACGAGGAUGGUUGUUUAACUUUUAACAAGGGGGAGGUUAUCAGCGUUAUCAGAAGAGUGGACGAGAAUUGGGCAGAAGGUAAACUCUUGGACAGAAUUGGUAUCUUUCCGCUGGCUUUCGUCGAGCUGAACAGCGUUGCCAGAGCUUUGAUGAAACUCUCGACCAAUGUACAGCCGGGACCGUCGAGGGUAGCCCCGCCAACUCCGACGAACGAGGAAACCACGCCGUUGAUACCGACCGAUCAUUCGCGUAAUGUGCAAACAACAAGUCAGUCCCGACCGCAAUGUGUACAGAACGCCACGUUACAGGUGUCCGAUUCCGUCUCAAACGUGUCGUCUGGCGGCAGCUCCACGACCACCACUCCGAACACCCCCAACAGUUCGACCACGUCCAGCAGUUCCAGUACUGCCCCGAGCAGCCCCGGUAGCCCCGCGACGUCGCCGCCCGCGGUCGGCAACAGGCAUAGCGUUAAACGUCAUAGUUUCACUGCCGUCAAUACAGGUCAUCAUGCACAUCCCCAUCAUAGACAUAGCGCUGAAAUACUUAGUCCUCCGGUAGACAGUGCCCCUAAUAACGCCAAUAAUAGCGGAGGCAAUGAGUCAUUUUCCUCCUUACAAACGAGCGGUAGUUGCGCGGAUCAUAAUCUUCGUCACAGACGAAGUGGCAGUAGCGACCUCGUCCUCGCCCAGGCGUCACAAAGCACCCCCGCCGGCCAGACCACCGGCGCGUCCGGUGCGACGCAUCUGCCAGCGGCGUACGUGGCGUUGUACCCGUACAAGCCCCAGAAGGCGGACGAGCUCGAGUUACGGAAGGGCGGGAUUUACAUGGUGACGGAACGCUGCCAGGACGGAUGGUUCAAAGGAACGUCCAAUCGCACCCAGAAGUGCGGAGUUUUUCCUGGAAAUUACGUCGCACCCGCCAAAUGUCAACGCGGUCUGUGCCGCGGUACUCCAAACUCGCCGAGUCAACAUCAGGGCUCGCCCCUGUCGAACGCCCCGUCGAACGCCGAGUCACGUUUGGCAGUGACGUACACGAAGAGCAAGGGUCCCGCGCCGCAGCCGUACAAUCCUCGCACACUGCCGCCGCCUGAAUUGCCGCCGCGCGCCAUCAGCCCAUCCACGACGACCGUGUCCGCGUCCUGGCACGGCGCCGCUCAGUCGAAUCAGGGAUCGAAUCAGGAAACCAGUCCGCCCCGACACAACGACCAGAAUGCCACUCCGCUCGGGCGCAGUCACAGCGCGGUGAUGACGGCGAAUAUUCCUUCCCCCGGCAAACAAAUCGUCGUGUCGUCGUCGCUGCAACCGGCAGCGGGUAUCAACAGCGCCAACAAUGGCUGCAGCAGUGUCACCAUUCCCGCGCCUUCCUCUUCCACGGGCGACAUGAACAGGAGCCCGAAUAACACUCUGAUACGUGCGAUCGUAGCGAGCGGUAUCGAGCGGGCGAAUGCAGCCGCGGCAGCGUCCAGAACCACGGAAAAGCCGAAAGAAAAGAAGGACAAAUGCGUCUCCUUGAUGCGGCGCCUGACCAAUAUCAAAAAGUCUAAAUCGCCUCCACCUACCACGUACUCGAUGGACAAUCCUGUAUUCGACGACGGCAAUUCCGUUAAUCCGAUACACGUUCGAUCGGGAUCUUGCCCAAGUCAGUUGCUACAGGUGGUAUCCACACAGGAAUUAAAUGCUUCAAACAGCCCACACCGCUUAUGCCCGGGCUCUGUGCAGGGGCACGUCACGUCCUCACAGAGACUGAAAUACAAGGAGAGACCCUCCUUACCAGUGUCAGUGACUCAGAGAUCCAACGAAUCUGGCGCAAUGGUAUGCUCGACCGGAAACCAUCAUCGCAAGAGUAAUUCGCUGGACGCUGGAAUGGGAAAGCAAAUGAAGCAGCAAUCGUCGCGCGACCGCACGGGCUACAGAUUCCGUUGUAUCGUACCGUAUCCACCUAAUAGCGAGUUCGAGCUGGAGCUCCGCGUGGGGGACAUAAUAUACGUGCAGAAGAAGCGCGACGACGGAUGGUACAAGGGCAUGCAGCAGCGUACCGGCCGCACCGGGCUGUUCCCGGCGAGUUUUGUGGAAGCUUUCUGAGACCCGACGCAAGGUCGCCUAGUGUUAGAAACUUGUAUAUAACUUGGCCUUUCUUGUGUAAGUAUUUUACACAACAUAUAUUCAGAGAUCCGGGGGAUUCCAUCCCCCGGGAUAGAGAGCGUCACACGCGUAUCGUGCUACACACGCGUGCUCGUUGCCGUUUGAGAUAUACUCUCUGAGAUAUCAUCGACUGCGAAAAGCGAUUCCGGUGCGAUGCACGGCGCGUAUACACACGUCACGCAUGCAUGCCGUAUUAUUUCGAGCUGUGCAAUAUAACGUACAGAUGCGUGAACUUAAUGGGCCAUUAAUUAAUUAACGCGUUUUGUAAUAAACACGCGUAAGUGUAAGUGACCGACGACGCGUCGAGCUAAUGAAUGCGUGAAUCGUGCGGUGGGUGCAAUAGGGAAUUUUAGCGCGAAAUAAUUACGCCGUAAUUUUGCAUGUAAAUACGUAUACCGCGGGAAGUGGGUGUGGAGAGGUGUGACGAAGGGUAGUGACGAACACGACGACGCGGAAACUACUCGGAACUUAUACUGCCAUCGGUUAUGUAGGCGUGCGUAACUGUAACGAGAAUAACGAAUUCAUUUUUUUUUUUUCGCGCGACGUUUACUGCCAUUUGCGAAUCGUAAGGGAAAGAAUAUCGGUUUCCCGCGGUUUUCAAGCCGCUGAUUUUCGGAACUUGCUGUCUUCUUUCGAUACGCGCGCGAAAACGUGUAAAAGAGAUUAAUAUAUGGGUUGUGUAAUAAUCAUGCUUAUACGCGCGUGAAGCCGUUCACACAUGACAAUUAAAAGUGAAAUUAUGGAACAAACAAACAAAAAACGAACGAAAUUGCAUACGGAGAAGAGGGUUCUUUUUAGAAAAAUUUAAAUAUCUCGGGGGGAGGGAGGGAGGCAGGGAGAGGGCAAACGCAAACGUAGACUGAUACGAGACUAUAUGUCUAUGCGAUGAUACGCUUAAAUUGUUUCAACGUGUCGAACGUUGGAGUUGUUCUUCCGAUUGUCUCGAUAGGAUCGUACUUGUAAUGCAGUUGAUAGAAAGUUGAAAUUCCAUCAUUUCAGCUAACUGAAAGUUGAAAUUCCAUCAUUUUUUACUUCAACGAGGGAUUUAAGUGCAUUAUCGCACGGACGUUUUAUAGGCUUGAACCUGAGAUAUUUAGAAUUAUACAUUUGAUCCAUAUUUAUUGUCGGUUACUACUGGGUUUUAUAUAAUUUUCUCUUCCCUAAUCUGCCAUUGUAAAUCGACUUAUUUGCCGCCGAUAUCUUAUUAUGCUUAUAUAUAUCAAAAAAUAUAUACUAUAGGAGAGGCACAACCAGUAAUUUAAUUAUUGACAUUAUUUAAGACUGGACUAUGUUUUGGAAUUGUUAGUCGAGAUUAUAAGUAAAUGUUCUUUCUUAGCGGAUAUAUCCGAUUAUAUACCCCCCGCCGUACAAAGGGAGAUGUUCUAUUUUAACGAACAAUUUCGGAUCGUUAUAUAGGCAAUUUAGCUAAGAUAUUUAGAAAAUGGCCUUGAUACGCGCAAUGUUGAUGUAUUAUUAUAUAUACUUUGUAUACACCAUUUUAUAACUCGAUUUAUAACUUGUUUUCUAAUUUAUAAAGUCACGCAGGCAUCCAUGGCGUAAUGACAAGUUAGUUAAUUCGGGAUGACGAAUACGAAAAUAUCCAAUAAAUUAAAGUGCUUCCAUUAUCUGAUUAGUGAUGAUCAGUAUGUAGAUGUAAAUUUUGUUACGUUCUUUAUAUUUUCUAUUAUUAUUAUUAUUCUUAUUAAUUAUACAAGUUUGCGCAAUCGGUUUUUAUAAAUCUUUAUACAUACGCCGUUAAAAGAUGUUUUAUUGAUUACGAUUAUUAUUGUAUUAAUUAUACUACUUUUAGAGUUUAUGAAUUAAGUCGCAAAACCUUAUGUCGAUGUACCUUAUUUCGAUAUGUUAUUCAAUAAUUAUAUACAUCAAAUUGUACAUACAUUACGCGUGUAUAAAUACGUAGAGAGGUAUACUUGUAUAUAUUAUAUAAUGUAUAUUCAUAAUGCUCAAUUCAUUAACGUUUAUGCAUAAGUAAUCUACAUUUAUUGAAUUUAAACACGUGUAUUGUACAUGUGUAAACAAGGAAUCUACACAUGUCGUACACAAUAUAAUUUCGAUAUCGCAUAUGUAUACGCGUAUACGUAUAUAUCCCGAGGACAUGUAUUUAAUAUUAAUUAUGAACAUUUAAUGGCGCACUUGCAUGUAAUUUUAUUGUAACUUGAUAUUAUAGGAGUUUGCAGAUGUCCCAUUGUCCGACUAGGCAGUCCAAUGUACACAACGAACAAUAUUACAAUAUUAUAAUACAGAGACGUAGAGAAUAUUGCACAAUAUAUUAUAAAGACGAAAGAGGCAAUUCACUUGGAGAGCAAAAGAGAAAGUAUUGUUCAUAAGUUACUUUCUCUUUCGGAAUUUCUAAUCAAAAUUUUUAUCAUUAACUUUAUAUUAAAGUAACACUCAACCGCGUAUUAUUAGAACAUUCUUAGUUUUGUAUUAUGCUUCUAACUCUGACCAACGUGUGCUUAAGACGUUGCGCAUGUAAUCGUGGCAUCUGCGAAAUCCUAUAGUGUGAAGAAUUUUGUUGUCCUCGUUGAAAUGCAAAGCAAACAAAUAUCAGAAAACCAUUUAUGUUUAUUGCGCAACGAUUGCAAAAGAGGUAACAAGUAAGCGAUCCACCUCUGUCCGCGCGGAUCGAGGAAAGAGCGUUGCCGUAAAUGUGCGAGUGAAUAAUUUUCUGUGGCCAUCAAAUUAUAGAGAAUAGAAUUUAGAAGAAUUAGAGUAAUCGAUAAGAAUUACGAAACUUAUUGAUUAUGUUAACGAGGGUACACAUUACCGGUACGAGGAAAGUGUGACUUAGAGAUUCUGAACGUUCUAUAUGCGCGUACGGAGAGAUAUGUAAUUUUAUAGCUAUUCAUCCGGAUGGAGACAAAGGUGGCUGGAUAUAUUUUUUUAUGUCAGUCACUUUGGCGUGAAAAACAAAAAAAAAGUGAACGACCGAUCGACCAUAGGAUCGAAUUUAAUCGAAUCUAGAAUUAUGAUAUAGUCAGGAAAAAAAAAAGAUAUCUCUUACACACUCUUUACGCGAGGGGCCACACUGCGCAUGCUGUAACAAAAUUCGGCAGUCUAUUGUAGCGCGAUAUUUAGAAAUCGGAGGAAAGAUAGGGAAUAAAACGCGAGAUACAUAUAUUAUAUACAUAUACAUAUUUAUAUGCAAGAAAAACUCGUCUAAUUUGUGUUCACGCGGAUCAUUGGGAAAUCAUUAUACCGUAUCUUAUACAAAUUACUAAUGUGUCAUACGCACAACGUUAAUGUUCUUGCAUUUCGAUCUUGCAUAUCCAUCCCCGAAUGAAGAACACGAAUUUUCGUAUUUCGACGAAACGGUUCUUGUUUUACGGCUCUUUCGGUUCUGUUCCGUGACGAUUAAAUUACAUAUACCUUAUGUCCUACUGGAAGAAACUGCGUAGAGAAACUAUUUAUACACAGGCAUACAUAUGUGUGUUUUAUAUGACGUAUAAUUAAGUAAUUUAUUAUUAAUGGCUUGCAAAGAGAAGUCACUGCUAAGUUGCGGGUAGUACAUCAGAUUGGCUGUAACGAGACGGGGAGGUGUGAGAGAGAGAGACUAUAAUUAUUAUCGUCGCUACUUUACAUCGCGCGCGCAACACAAGAUCAGGCGUGACACGACACGUGUAAGAUCAACUUCCGCGUGAUUAUCUCGAUCUUGAUUUAACAUCGUUUGUAUUUGCAUAAGGAGAAUCACGAGUGUACGAAAUACGUUUUUUUACAGUCUUAAAUCAAUAAGCAAGUGUGCAAUAUGAUUAACAUCUCGAUGGAUUAGCGUCUCUGUGGAUUGUAAAUAAGUUACUGCGCAAUCUGACGUUCCCGUGACGGGUUUUUGCGGUAAAAGAAAGAAAAGAUCAUGUCAUUUAAAGCUAUACUCUCGUAUACAUAGAGACGACGACUCUCCUGCUGUUUUGCGCAGAGUGAUCGGUAUUCUGUCUAGGUUGCAGAGCAGGUACACGUAGCGUAGGAAUGUAAGACAAAGAUCCGAGUCAAGAGCCUUCGUUUAGACCAAAUGUGUUUCUAGCACUUCUUUCGUAAGGGGGGGGGGAGGGGGGAAAAACUUUAGAAUAGUCAUUAUACAUAUACCGAUUACUACCGAUACUACCUUUACACGCUACUUACGCUACUCGGUAUUUUGUCACUAACGUAACGAUGUUCCAACAAAUUUAUGUCGAUGUUGUGUCCAAGCGUAAUUUACACGUAUUUACAUAGGUAUCGUUUAAUAUUUAAAUAGCAUACGAAACCUGUAAUAAAAUCCUUCACGUGGCUACCACAAAUGUCGGGGUCUCUCUCUGUGUGUGUGUGCGUGCGUGUGCGUAUGUGUGUGUGCGUGUGUGUGUGUGUGUGUCCCAAAUCAGUCAUUUCUAUUUGCCGUACUCGUGAAGUUGAUUCGCUACGAUCGAUUAUGUCAUAUUAAAUUUGAUUUAAUAGAUCGUAAAUAAUUAUUUCAACAGAAAAUUAGAAAUCGAUCAAUUUCGUGCAAUCAAAGAGUUUAUUGGAAUUAUUAAACAGGGAAGAAAUAUA